AUGAUGAAGAUCAUUUCCAAAGGAGCGAAUCUCUCUCAAGUGUACACCAAUCAUUCCGUCCGGGCUUCAGCAAUAACUGUGCUUUCAGAUGGGAAUGUACCGGACCGCCAUAUAAUGUUCGUCUCCGGGCAUAGCAGCGAGCAAAGCCUGUCACACUACAGCGCCAGGCCAUCGGCACCUCAGCUGGAAAGUGUAUCCGACACAAUCUCCAAUGCUCUUCAGUACAACCAAACUCAAAGCACACAAAUUUCUACCGUUUCCAGCACUCCAUCAGCUACACCAUUAAUUGAAAGCUCGAAUCGCAUGGCUCCCAGUGUGUCAAUGUCGUCCUCAUCAGCAAGCUUCCCGAGCGGUUUUUUCAACAACUGCAAUAUUCAAGGCGAUGUGCAAGUGUUCUUC